AUCACGACCUACACCACUGGAAUCCCCUCUUCUGCCAAAAUAGGUGUCACUGCCACUACUACCAUUGCCAUUUCCACUACCACAGCACCACAGUGUCAAGGUGUAAAUAGUCAUCUACUUGAGACUCAGAUCUUGGCUGGAAAUAUGUCUGCAGUGCUCUGCAACUUCCGCAUCUCUAACUAUGCCUGUUCAUCAGUUGCUACUCUUUCAUCUGAUGAUCUAGUCACGUUAUUGACAUGCCAACUAACAAGCAGCAUGGCCAACUCAAAAGAAAUUUGGACACUUUUCUUCCAAAAGUUUGCAGCACCUCUGGAUGAAGCUCUGGAUAAGUAUUCCAACAAGACUCUUAACAUCAAUAUUCCUGACCCAUAUGUCCUUGAUGCAUUCGGAGAGGUGAUAGUCAACAACUUUAGUGCUGCCCAGCUUACAGAUGUCAUUUUCAUCACCAAGUGGUUCCAGACAAGACUCAGACCAUUUUUGUCAUCAGUGUCCACAGCUUUUCUCUCUAUUCUCAGUUCCAAGAACUUCAGCUGUCAGACCUACCAAGUUGUGGUGGAGGCUUUUAGUUCACAAGAACCGUUCAUGGAAGAGAAACAAAAAAGGUCCAUCUACAGUGAUUUCAUAUAUCCGUUCCUCUCAAGAACCGAUCUGUCAGGUCCUAGAUGUGGUUCCAUAACUUCCGGCAGCAGUGACUGGCUAUCUAAGAACUUUGGCAAGUUCUCCACCUAUGCCACCUUGAAACAGCUUCAAGUUCUAAAUGCAAAUUUCUCUAGGUUUGAAUCUUUGGCCCUGCUGACCCCUAGCCAAGCAGCUGAACUCACUCUGAGCUCUGGAGCACUGAACAGCACAAGUCAGAUCAACCUGGUGUUUGAUCAGCUAGAGAAAGGCGAUGCUUUCUCGAACGUGUAUACGUUUUUCACAACCUUCACUGCUCAAGUGGUUUAUGAUAUCAUCCCUGCUGUGAGAGAUGUGAUGAUGAAUCGAACCUUCAAGAUCAUCAGCAUCAGGUUCUCGCAGUUUGAGACCUCUGACUGGAUUGGAUGGUUUAAGGUCAACCUAAUCAGUGUCCUCCCCAGUUUCACUGCAGAGAUGCUCAUUAAUGCAACCGCAAACAUCAAUUGCACCAACUACCAUGUAAUUGUUGAGGCAUUAAGUAAUGUUUCUGCAAAAAUGCCAGAAAAUAGAAAACAGGAACUUGGGGCUGUUCUGGUGGCAUACCUGAAGCGAUCCAUACAACAAAUUAAUCAACAAGCCUGCAAAGCGAACAACUGGACAGAUGCACGGUGGCUCAUUGUUAACCUUGGCUACUUCUCCAGCUAUGUGUCCUACUCUCAGCUGACGCAAUUCAACAUUUCUGGGUUGGCUGUGUUAGACGUACUGACUGGUGAACAGAAGGCACGGUUGAUCCUGCAGCCGGGCUCAGGAGUGAUGGAAAAUGAGGUUAGAGAGGUGUUCAGCAGUGUGCUCAAGUCUUCAGAUCAGAAACAACUCGGCAGCUUCUUUACAGCUUUCAGCCAGAGUGCAGUACAGAUGAACAUGACCAGCAUUCCUACAACAGUAUCUGAAACCAUUCUGAACAUGACACUGGCAGCUCUGGGAUCCCAAUUCCAGACCUUCAGCCCACAGGACUUUGCCCUGUGGUUCCAGACCUAUCUCCGUCUCUUCCUUCCUGGGAUUGGCCCAAGCUCCCUGUCAGUCAUUCCGAGGAACAUCAGCUGUGACUCCUACAGAGAAAUAGUGAAAGGACUUGAUAACGUGUACAGUGAUCUCUCUACAACACAGUCCAAAACUGUCUUCAGUUACACAGUGGAUUACCUCCAAGGUCAGUCCUGUGUGCAGUCAGUGAGCAAUGACUCUGACUGGCUGGUAAAGAAUUUUGGCCAAUUCAGGAGUUUCGCCUCAUUCUUUGACAUCAUCCGUCUGAAGCCUGACUUUAACGGAGUGAAUGCAACAGGGUUUCUAACUUCAUCACAGUUGGAAGAGCUUUGCUCCAUACCUUCUCAACUCCAUGGCCCUCAGGAUGUAAAGACUGUGAUGGCAGCCAUUAGCCCAAACCAGUUUGCCUCCUUCUUUGACAUCGUCUCUCCUAACAUCCUGCGGAAUGCGUCACUGUACUCCAGUGAGGUGAAGGGAGCUUUCCUCCAGGCUGUUCUAUUGAGAGGUGGGCUGUCAUCUGCAGCAAUACCUGAUUCAGAAGUGCUGCAGUGGGUGAAUGUUCGGCUCAAACCUCUCCUGUCAAGCCUCUCUGCUGCAGAUGUAACACCAUACUUCAAUAUUACCAGAGGCAGGAGCUGCAACGUCAUCCAGACAGCAGUGAGCAGUUUGGACUCUGUGAGAUCAUCUCUCAACAAUGAUACACAGGCUCAGAUCUACAGCAACAUCCAGCAGCUGCUCACUGGGCCGAAUGGUUUGGGUUGCUAUGGUGGAGGGAGCUUCUAUGCCUUCAUCAAGAACUCCUUCUUCAGUUUUGGAUUUCCUGAUCUGAGUGCCUUUUUGUCCCUCAUCCCAGCCAACCGACAGCAAGAGCUGUUGGGCUCCAUCUCUCCAGGAGAACUGUAUGAGUUUCUGAAUGGGCCGAACACAGUCAGGAACGGGUCAGAUCUCUGCACACUCCUCAACAACUACAACAGCACCAACCAGUACCUGGAGAAGCAGCCAGUUGGAUCUGCAGCUGUGGGCAGGCAGACGUUGGGGUGCGUUUGGUCUCGUGCUCUCAGCGCCUCGUCUCAGGAUGAGGUGGCUCAGUGGUUUAAUGUAAGACUGGCUCAGUACCUGCCCCUCCUCAGCUCUCAGCUCAUCAGCCCCACUCAGCUCAGAGGCGCCUCCUGCCUGUCAUACAGGAAACUGGUUUCAAUCCUGGGGAAGAGCUACAAUUACUCAGGCACUGAUUUUACCCCAGCUGAUGUGUACAGCUCUAUAAAGGCUUAUCUGAACAGUAGCGAUGGCACUCCUCGCUGCUACAACUCCUCCAAUGCCCUUCUGAACUCCACUGCAUGGUUUGCCAACAACAUUGGAUUCUUCAUCACCUUCAUCUCCCUCACUGACCUCCAGUCCUUUGUAUCAGACAGCAAGAUCGGUGUGUUCCUGGAAAACUCAGAGAAUCUUCAGCUGUUUAACAAUUCACAAAUUGCAUCCAACGUCACCACAUACUACGGCACACAGCUAUACAUCCAGAAUCCUAACUACAACCCCCUCAGUUUGCCAGGUGUGCUGUUGUGUGGAGCGCCUGCCUCUGCAUUUGUGUCUCUUGGAGAUGCAGUACGCCAGACCAUGCUCGAGAACUUAAACAAAUUCUGCAGUGCAAUCGAUCCUCAGGUCACAGCAGCUCUUGUGGCAAACAUACAAACUUUGUCCACGAAUAUCAUCCAGUCGCUUGGCAACCAGAGCAUCGGUCUGACUGAGGGCCAGAUAAGUGCCGCUUCUACCAGUGUUAUAAACAGCACCCUGCCUUUGCUGAGCGUCAUCACAGGCUGGAACCAGGGUCAGGUCAACAUUCUCAUCCAGAGACUCAUUAAUGCAGGCUUUUAUAUCAACAGUGGCUCCUCCCUGGUGACUCUGGGUACGCUCAUUAGAGGCAUUUCCUCUGCAACAAUCUCCAAAAUCCCAUCUGUUCAGCUUCUGACCGUGUCCCAGAAUCCAACGUUCAUCACCAACAUUCUGUCAGCACCAGUGACCCUUCAACAGACAUACGUCCAGAAGAUUGUCUCUGUAGACCAGACUAAAGUGGUGGAGAAUGUCCCGGAUGCGUUGGCAGGGUACAUCCCACCAGUGCUACUGUCGUCUCCCACCUCUGUUAAUAUUACAAUCAUCAACAAGAAGAGCUGGAGACAAGAACAGGCUGUGGUGUUGUUCAGCUCAGUGGCCAGCGCCAGUGACAAUACAGAAGAGCUGUCAGAGUCGAUAUUACAGGGAUUCACCUGCAGUUCAGUUCAGAAUCUACCACGGUCAAAAGUCACACAGCUGGUGAAAGCCUGUAGACCACGUGCUAACAGGAACAAGGUCGUCCUGAAAGAGUCUCAGCUGACCUGCAUGUACAACUACGUGAAAGAUGAUUCAACUCUGACCUUCACUGACUUUCCUGCUGACAUGCUUCUCUACUACAGCCUUGGGACACUGACGAAGGUGAACUGCGGGUCGUAUUUCAGAGCUCUGGGUGGAGCAGAUUUCUCGGUUCUCUCCAGCGUCCUCAACAGACAGUCUGCCUUGUUCACGAAUGCAAAGGACUGCCUGGGUAUAUCUGGUGUGAGUCUAAACAGUACUCAAGUGGAGGUUCUGGGUAAUAUGGUCUGCACACUGGACUCCACCUACAUCCAGAACUCUAAUCCUCUCAUCCUGGAGAAACUGAAGAACUGUGGAGAUCUUUCUGACACUCAGGUCACCGCCAUACAGACACUGCUGUUCUCUGGCAACACUCCUUACGGUAAUUCCUCAACGUGGAACCAGCAGACUCUGGACCAGCUGGGCAUCCUGCCCCUCUACCUCGAUCAGAACUUCUGGGGCAAAUUUAGCUCUACGACAAUAAAGACCUUCCUGAAGACGUUCUUUUCAUCCCUGAGGAAGCAGAAGAUCCAGAAUUGGAAACUCAGGAGAUUGUUUACAGCAGCAAACAGUGUUACAAGCAAAAGCAUUAAUACCAAAGCCAGAGCACUCACAAGAGCAGCAUGCUCAAUAGGCAACAUCACAGAGGCAACAAUUGCAGAUCCCUCAUUCCCUCUUGGCUACGACUUCACCCAGUUUGAUGCAUGUUUGGACAACACAUUCCUGAAGAACAAUCUGGCAGCCAUCACUGAGAAAGUGAUAGACACCAGCUUCCUGACAAGCAUUCUGAGCAAAUUAAACCAGUUGUUCCCAUCAGGCCUUCCAGACAGUGUGGUGCAGAUUCUGAACGCCGUGUCACGUGUGGCCACUGUUAGUGACAUCAACAAGUGGAACAUCACCACAAUUGAUGCACUGUCCUCUCUGAUGAAUUCAAUUAACGGAGACUGGACCUCAGACCAGAGUAAAGCGAUCAUUAUGAUGUAUCUGAGCGUGGCUGGUAACACUCUGGGAACUGCUGAGAUAAACGCAAUCGGCUCCAACCUCUGUUCCUUGGAUCCCAGUGUCCUCAAAUCCAUCACUGCUCAAAGCCUGAAGUCAGCGAACGCUGUGAAUGUUUCCUCGUGUUCCACUGAUCAGAAAUCGGCUCUGUACAGCAUCGCCAAGUCCUCGUUCAGCACUCAACGCAGCGACCCAACAGUUUACUACCAGCUCAUCAGCUCUUACCUGGGUGGAGCUCCUGUGGAGGAUAUAAUUGCUCUUUCUGCUCUGAAUGUCAGCAUGGACAUCACCACCUUCUUGAAUCUGAACCCAGAUGUGAUCAAGGCCCUGAAUGUGAGCACAGUGAUCAACCUGAUGGGACAGAACAAGGCCGACCUGAAGCUGUUUGAGAACACCACAACGGUCAGGAUGUGGGCGGCUCAGCAGUACAAUUCUGAUUUGGCGGUACUCGGACUUUCAGGAGGCAAAGCGGACCCCGUCAGCUCUACGGCUGCACCGGCCACUACAGUCACAACACUACUAACUAACACCACCAUCACACAGACCAACCAGACCGUCAACGCCACGACGGGUUCAGCUGUUGUACAUCGUGGUUCAGGACUGUGGCUCAUCUCUCUGUGUGUAGGACUUCUGACCAUCACACCGCAUCUACCCGUCUAACCCUCGCACAUAUAGCUCAUAUCUAAUGCACUGCACUCUUUUAACUUAAUAUACAGUAAUCAAAAUACAGUUUCACUUUAAAAACACUGCUCAAUAUCUGUUUAACUUGUUUAUAAUUAUGCAGAGAAAAUCACUCCAGUAAUAUUUAUGUAUUUUCUGUAGAUGUUUCUUAAUGUUUGAGCACAUUAGAUUACUUUCAUUUUGAUUUGAACUGGGAUGGGACUAAAAUCAAUCUAUGAAAUUCUUUAUUUAAUUUGAUCAUUCUUAAUUAAGAAUUAUUUUUGAUCUUGAUUAACAAAAACCUCAGUGUUAACUUCCUCAUUCAUGCUCAAUAAACUUAACAUGCAACUAC